CUCUCUCUCAACUGAACCAAGAAAAAUCUGAAGCGCAGUGGUUGGGAGAGGUGCAUUUUAAGAUAGCUGGGUUUAUUAAAAUGCUACAUAUUUUAGUAUACCAUGACAUUGGCACAAUGACAGUAGAGUGAGAGAUUGGUUAUUAAGUAAAAUAGAAGCCCAGAAAGAAACUAAAACAAUUUGAAGUUUCAUUCCAUAAUGAAAGUACUGUAUUUCAAAUCAAAUGGGAAAAGAUUUUUGGAAUGCUUUGUUUAAAUAAGUGGCUGUUUGGUAUGUAAGCUAGACCACUAUAUCAGAUUAUGUGUCAAAAUUAACUCCGUGCAUUAAAUUUUUAAGUGUACCUAUUGAAAUUAACAGAAUAAAUUAUUGGGUCUGCAUCUUACAUGGAGAAAUGACUGAAAUGUAUCGUUUAAAGAAAUUUUAAAGAUAAUUUAAAAAUUACAAAAGCAUCACAAAAAUAUACAAAGGACUCUCUCUGCCUGAUCGCCGUCAUCAUGGACACAAGUCACGUGCAGCCCAUCAAGCUCGCUACGGUAACCAAGAUGCUGGGCAGAACCGGUUCACAGGGACAGUGCAUGCAGGCACGUGUGGAUUUUAUGGAUGACACCAGCCACUUUAUCAUCCUAAAUGUCAAAGGUCCCGUUCAAGAGGGAGAUAUGCUCUCCCUAAUGGAGUCAUAAAGGAAGGCUCAGAGGUUGUACUGACCUUCCUGCUGAGUCCUGAGUGUCCACCACUUGGCCCAUGAUGACCUGCAACUAUUAAAUAAAACAUUUGUAUUG